AUGUCGGAGGGGCCGUCCGAAUUGCCUAAUUCGCAUCUAGAGCCCCCCAGCAGGACUACGGAAUUGCAAGAUCCAGGAGCUGGCGAUUAUACCUCUGAUAGCGACGAAGAACACUUCUCAGAUGCCAGUGAAGGCCACCCCCAACUGCAGUCCCUCCCACAAUCCGGUCGCACUUCCCCUGUCCCGCGAACGCGGGUCGAGAGAGUCGAUGACAGCACCCAACACGGCGAGACCCCAGGCACAGCGGCAUUUGAAAAGAGAGGGCAGGAUGCAGUUCCUGACGAGAUCGAGGUUGUCCCCGAAGGGUCACUCAGCAAAACUCAUUCGCCCGCGGGGUCAGAAAAUCAACGGCCCUUGAGCCCCGAAGGCUCACCCAUCCCGCGCACAGUGGUUGAAAAGGUGGACCCAAGUGAACCUAGCCACGGUGAAGUUCCUGGCACAUUGGCACAUGAACAGCGGUUAGCCGAUGCUGUACCUGACGUGGUGACUAAGGCCUCAGACUCCAAAGCCGGCAGCCCAACGCCGCCAGCAUCUGAUCCCACAUCCCCUGAUGUUGAUGUCUUUACACAAGACAUUCCCGAGACACGGCUUGAGCGGGUUGAAUCAAUACCCGCUGACGAAGACCUGUCACCACACCCACAAGCUCAUAUGGGGUCAACAAGUGACGUAUUACCCGAUACGGUAGAAACUGUCCCAGAUGUCCCAUUAAAUGACACAAACCUGGGAAUCCAAAACCUCUCAUUGGAGGAUGACAUGAACGACGACGACGGAAACGAAAAGCAAGAAGGAGGAGAUGAUUUUGAUGAAUUUGUAGAAGAGCAGGAUGACAUGGGAGACGAUGACUUCGGAGAUUUCGACGACGGCUUCCAAGAACCCAGCGCCGAUGAAGCUCUCCCAGAUGAGACUCUGACACCUCAGCAAUCCCUCGCACCUCCACCUCUGACCGAUUUCGACACAUUCAACUCCACCUCCGAACUCCUAAGUUCCCUCCAAGGCACCCUCGACACCCUCUUCCCCGCAACCCACGAUAUCAGCUCUCUCCCCGCCAUCGAGCCAAUCCCAGACUCUGCAGCAAUCUUCAGCACUGAUAGAUCCCUCUCCUUAUGGUCCCAGCUCGUGGCACCACCACCCCUCCAACCCCAAAACUGGGUGAAAUCCCGCAUCCGCCGACUCUUCCUCGUAUCGCUGGGCGUGCCAGUAGAUCUGGAUGAGAUCCUCCCAGCCUCUAAACAGAAAAAACUCGUUCUCCCUUCUAUUGCUCUCGAGGGUUCCGGUGCAAAGAGUCCCGGCGCUCGCUCUGGCAGCCAAGCGCCCAAAGAAGGCGACGACACCACCGAUAAAGACCAAGCCCCCUCCCGCCAGAAAGCGACAUCCCGCCGCGGCGCGCCUCCAGCACCGGAAAUGGACCUCUCUGCGGUCCGCAGGCUGUGCGCCACCACCGAUGCCGCGCUGGGCGGUCUCACAGAUGCAGAGUUGAAGCUGCAUGUCCAGGAACUGGAACAGGCCACACAGCGCGCGAGUUUCGUGUUGGAGCAUUGGCUGAAGCGACGGGAUGGCCUCAUUGGUGAAAAAGAAGCUUUCGAGGGUGUUAUUGAGAACCUCGUUAGCCAUGUUCGGAGAGUCAGAAAGUAG